UGUUUUUUUUCCUACUGCGGUAGCUCUUCACCAGAAAUGGUGACAACAUUCUCCAAACGAAAGACAGCCAAUUUCAGCCUUGCAGGAGUUAAAACAAUUGAUCGGGCUGAACCCUGAGGAAAAAUUCCUGCUCUCCAUAUCAUUACUAAAUUACAAUGAAGAUGACCGUCGUUAUGAACAGUGGAUACGUUCAUUUUGUAUCUAAAAUGUUUUCCUGUCUGGAUAUGAAUUACCCUGCUUCCCUUUCUCCCAAACAAGCACAGUCUGAAAUUGUCUGUCUAUAUCGAUUUUUAAAAAAAAAUUUAGGCACCGCGUGUUUUGUGCUUGUGAGCCAUCGGGCACCCCCCAAUCCUGACCACCAGUUAACUGAUUUUUCCCCCGAAGACAGUUAAAAUAAUCCUUCGCCAUGGAAGAUUGGGAUGUUCCACAGUUCAAGAAAGAAGUGGAUAGCCUGAAGUAUCAGUUGUCCUACAAGAGGGAAAUGUCUUCCAAAACAAUCCCUGACUUUGUGAAGUGGAUAGAAGAUGGAGUUCCAAACGACCCAUUCCUCAACCCAGAGCUAAUGAAGAACAACCCAUGGGUAGAGAAAGGCAAAUGUGCUAUACUCUGACAUUUUCAAACUGCUUGUUGUGUAAAACAAUUAACUGAUUUGUAAAGAAAGAGAUUCUCUAGGAGAAUUUUGUUGGAAAAGUCUUUUAAAUUCUUAAACACAUACAUUACAUUUUUUGUACAUUUUAUGGUAAUUCCAAGCAAAGUCAUUGUAUGAGUGAUAAUCAACUUCUUUGUACAAAUAGAAAGAAGCAAUGUAAAAGAAAGAUGACAAAUAAAGCAAUAAUUAAUGACAGCAAGACUUCACUAAGUGUCUGUCAAAGCUGGAAUCCCACGUUUGCUGAAGCAAACACUACUUUAUGUUCCAAUCAGAGCUGAGAUUGAAAGCUAACACUACUUUAUGUUCCAAUCAGAGCUGAGAAGGAUUAUCCAACCCAGCCAACUCAGUACUGUAGAGCUACAAUUGGCUGCUGGCAGAUGGCACUUGACAUUAAACACUCAUACCUGAGUACCAAUAAGUAACAUUCAGCAGAGUAUUCCUUUUAGUAGAAAAAUAGAUUCGAAACCUACUGCUUGUCCAACCAAAUUGGUCUCUUGAGCGUGCUCACACAACAGUACUGAAGUUGCUCAGAUAUUAGUGCCAUUUGACUGGAACUCAUCUUCCACGGGAAAUGGCCAAGGAAAGCCAGGCUCACCUGCUUAGUCUUCAGACCUGUGGGAGCUCAAGCACAAGUGGGAGUUCUGCUCGGUGUAAGAAUGUGCAACCU